AUGUCAUCCGGCCAGCAGGUGUGGCACACGGCCGUGCCACCCCCUCGCCGGAGCAGCUCCACGGCCUCGGUGCCCAGGUCCCCCGGCACUCCUGGCUCGGAGAAGGUGGCCUCCCCCCUGGAAUGCUCCAUCUGCUUCUCAGGCUACGACAACAUCUUCAAGACGCCCAAGGAACUCGCCUGCACCCACGUCUUCUGCCUGGAGUGCCUGGCCCGGCUGGUGGCCGCCCAGCCAGUGGGCCACCCUGGUGGCGAGGCCGUGCCCUGCCCGUUCUGCAGGAAGCCCACAGCUGUGCCACCCGCCGGGGCCCCCGCACUGCGCACCAGCCGCCAGCUGCAGGCCCGGAUGCCGGCGCACCUGCGGCGCGAGGAGCCCGUGUGGCUGGAUGGCACGAAGCUGUGCUGCCAGCCUCCGUCUGCCACGCCCGGCCACGCGCCCGGCUUCGUAUGCGUGGACGUGGGCCUGAGCAAGCCUGCCGAGACCGCCGCGCCCACGCCUGCCCCAGACCCCGUGCCCCGUCAGGGCCGCCUGGCCCGCUGCUGGGCGCGCUGUGGGGACUGGCGGCGCGUGGCGCUGGUGUCUGCCCUGCUGCUGCUGCUCUUCUGCGUGGUGCUCUGGCCCGUGCAGUGCGCACUCAAGACCGGGAGCCUGCGCUGCCUGCCCCCUCACCCCACGGCCACAGCCAGCGCCACGGCCACCUUCUCCCUCGGGCCUCUGACUGACAACUAGGGUCCACGCACAUCCCCCACUGACUGGGCUGAAGGGCGCAGCAGC